CCGUCCGUUGCGUUCACUGACAGUCGCCUCUAACACGUUUUCUAGUAUUCUCCACGUCUAGAACUUUCCUGUGAGAAACACAGAGCGGGUCUGCGGGAGAAACCCAUGGCAGCCGAACGCAGCUUCUCCGAUAGCUUCAUUGACGAAGAUCCACGGAAAGCUCUGGAGGCUCUUAACGAGGCUCUCCAAGGAGACAGUGACAAUGCUGAGUGGUUCUGCCAGCGUGCCUAUGCCCACAUACUUCUGAAAAACUACAGCAAUGCCGUUGAUGAUGCAAAGAAAGCGCAGCAGCUAAAACCCAGCUUACCUUUAGCCUUCAUGCGAACAGGAAUUGGAGAGUACCACCUGAAAAACUACGAGUCGGCACAUUCGGCUUUCACUCAGGGUCAGCAGCUGGACGAUUCUGACAAAUCAUUUGAAGUCUGGAUAAAACUAUGCGAGGAGAUGAUGGGGACUCAGACACAAAACGGCAGCGACGCCACGACACCAGCUGCUCCACCUGUGAAGCACGACUGGUACCAAACAGACUCGCAAGUCAUCGUCACGGUGAUGGCCAAGAACGUUCCCAAGGACGGCGUGCGCGUCAUCUUCACGGAAAGAGAGCUUUCUGCACAGAUACAGAUGGCGAUGGGCGAAGAUUGUGACCUCCACUUCCACCUCCUGCACCCGAUUGUACCUCACCAGAGCACCUUCAAGAUCCUCUCCACCAAGGUGGAAAUCAAGAUGAAGAAGAUGGACGCCAUCAGAUGGGAGAAGCUGGAGGGAGAAGGACAGGAGUCCAACAUCAAACACUUCAAUCCGAAUCAGUACCCAACGUCUUCCCACUACACCCACAAGUGGGACAAGAUGGUGAUGGACAUCAGCGAGGAGGAGAAGAACGAGAAGCUGGAGGGAGACGCGGCGCUCAACAAGCUCUUCCAGCAGAUCUACUCGGACGGCUCGGACGACGUGAAGCGGGCCAUGAACAAAUCCUUUAUGGAGUCUGGUGGUACAGUCCUGAGCACCAACUGGAGCGACGUCGGCACGAGGAAGGUGGACGUGAAGCCGCCAGACGACGUGGACUUCAAGAAAUACUGAAUGUCCCCCUGCGUCCCUUUUUUCUUUUCUUUUCUUUUCGUUUAUUUUUAAACACCGUCUGUCUUCACGUCUGCUCUUCAGCCUCCCUCCUCCAGGAGGCGCUGCAUUCACAUCAUCACUCCACCGAAACCAAGCUAAUCAACUGAUUGGCUUUGAAAUGCGAAUGAUCUGGAUUUUUUUGGAGGUUUUUUUUUUCUUUAGAGGCCGACGGACUUAAAAUGGGAAUCGAUAAACCUGAAGUGCAGCGGUUCAGUCUUCAGAUGAGUUUUCUCUAAACAGCCGCAGCCUUUCUGUUUGGAAGCCUUUUGCCAUUUUCAGCAGAGUGUAAAAAAAUUUACAAUCGCUAAAGAUAAGAACAGUAAGUGAAACUGUUUUUUUUUUUGUUUGUUUUUUUCUUCCUGUGAAGAGUCUGCACCAGUGCUCUGUCUCUUGACUCGUCUUUCUGGCGUUCCAUCAGUGUGACUCAAGCCUCAUUGUAAAUAAAAAAUUAUUUCUUGUUUGGGCAGUAAA